UGCGAACAUAUACCUAGUAGCAAAAUGAAAAGCCUCCAAGGCUAGCACUUUCUUGUCACCUAGUUGCUAAGAAUCGACAGUCUCCGAUUAUGGAAUAUUUAUCUCAUACCAUGCUAAUCCAGAGAAACCUGCGCACAAUCAGCCUCCAUCCCGAAUGGGGAGAAGACACCGGCAACCUGUCCAUCUCUAUGAGUGGGAUUCUCCACCUGCUCAGCCUUGUUGGUGCUGUAACGUGGCGAAUGGCACCCUCAGACUCUCCCGCCUUUGAAUGUUGUGGAUAUGUACUUAUUUUUGUCCCGAGGCAACAAUGCUUAACUCGAUCUUUCCCGGUGCCAAGGCUUCAAGGGUGCCCGGUGAAAGAGAUUUCAAACUCACUUUCAUUGCUUCGGAAGACUGGCUGUGGAUUGAAAGGACUAACGCACAAGAAGAAGGCCGAAAAAGCUUUCUAGGUUGCAAGUCCCGGCCCACUUGCCGCGGCGCGCUGCUCUUAGGUUGGGACGAUUUAUUGAGAAGCUGUCCAUAUUACCGGGGCCAAGGUGCUCUACGAGUAGUGUGCAGAAUUCAGCUAUCCACGCGUACGAUGUACGAUGUUGAGUCCGGGCAUUUUUGUAUGGCCAAACGGGUACCUUCAUGCUGGACGCCAUCGACUCAAUUAGGAGCUAUUACCAUGAGACUUAAUUAUGAGAGGAACUCAAGCAACCUGUAUUCAGGCCCACAGAAGAUUGAGUUAUUUUCAGCACAUUGAUUGGGCGGCACGUGCCGGCGUAGGAGUUGUCACAAUUUGUUCGAGGUCGACGUCGUCAGCUUCUUCCCCUGCAAUCUAAAUGCCAGGUCUUGGCAGGUGAAUAAUGUUCCCUGUGGCUCAGCCAUGAAGGUGUGUCUAUAUUCGUACGCGUUACCAGUAUAGGUCCACAUGCGAUCUGGGCAGU